AUGCGCCACGACACGCGCCACGACACGACAAGCAAAGAGUUUGACAGGCAAAGAACAAGAACAAGAAGAAGAAGAAGAAGAAGCGAUGCAGUCUGUGGUGCCACGUCAGGGCGGACCCAAGACGCGACCAUCACGUCACAACAACCACGUACCAUCUGCGUCAGCAGGUUCUGCACGACGACCGUCAGGGCGCAAGCAAAAAAGGCCGAGCCCCAGACGCAGCAGGAGAUCAUUGCGCACUUUAAUGACUUGCGUGAGGAUGUUCGAUUGAUCGGUGGCAAAAUUGGGGAUCUCUCCGACGAGACGGAAGAGUACAAGCGGGUGUCUGAGACACUGCGCAAGGUUGACCCAAAGCGCAAGGCCUACCGUCUGAUUGGUGAGGUGCUGGUGGAGCGCAGUGUGCAAGAAAUCCUGCCCGCCGUUACCAAAAAUUAUGAACAGAUGAAUGCCAUGCUCCAACAACUGAAGCAAUUGCAACAGAACAAGAUGGACGAGCUGGCGGCUUUCCAGAAGAAGCAUAAGAUUACCAUGAAGUCGUAAGAACGACAACUUCACCACAUUGCGUUGUCAACCUUCUCCACCUCUACCUUUUGCCCCUUUAUUCUUCUACGUUGCGCCUCUCCUCUUGGUUCGGUGCAGCAGUGCGUUGUGUCGCACUGGACAUCAAACACAGUGAAAGCAUAGAAAUUGAGUCGACAGCUUC